AUGAGCUCAACGAAUAAAAGACACUCUACAGAAGGGCCUAGAGAUAUUGAUGAUGUUUUAUCAUCAGAUUCUAGCUUUUCAGAUAAUAUAACUAUCCCUGUAUCAAGAACACCAAAGGUUGGGUUCAAUCCAUUUUUAAAUGUCAUCCCAUCAGAGAGUAGUCUCGAGAGGUAUGAGGAAAAGCACAUAGAAACAGAUGCUGAUAAUGACAGCUUACCAAGUAAUAAUAAUACUACUAAUCAACAAGAAGAUAAUAGUAGAAUACAACAGAAUGAAAAUAGUCCAAGAAAACGAGUGGAAAGAAAGUUGGAAGCCGCCUCAUUUGGAAAUUUAUUUAAAUUGAAAGAUACCAAUCGCAAGAAUAGAGCGCACCCAACCUUGUCAUUAAACACAACGUUUCAAACGAAUCAUGAUAAACAAGACAAAAAUCCUAAACAAAAGGAUAAAUUAACUGUUAUAUCUGCCACUGGUGUCAGUUUUAAUCUAUCCCCAGCUACAGAAGGGUUCCGAAGAAGACCUAGAAAUAGUGAUGCUUCGAAUCAAUCAAAUCAAGAGUCAGCUUCCAGUAGCUCACCUUUUAUGGCACCAAGGUCAGCAAAAGUUCUUUCGUUCAUUGCUCCAGAUGACAUGGAUGAGUUUCAUGAUUUACAAAAAGAGUUUCAAAUUGCUGUAGAUGAUGAAGGAUUGUCGUGGUUACCACAAGUUAAGAUAGUGGCUGACAAGAAACUGGAUACCAAAAAUACAACAACUGAACUCCCAACAAUUAUUAUGGAUGACACCCUUGUUUCUUCCGAGGAAGCACCUACCUCGCAUAAUCAGUUAUCUCCUAGCGUUACCAGUUUCAAUGUGUCACCUAGAAUAAACAGGAACGCUAUCAGUCCUGAUAGUUAUGAGCUAGAAAGUGUGAAUAUUCGCAGUAACUCUAAUUUAAGUUUUCCACAUUACAAUCCACUAGCUAGUAAUGAUAAAGUAAAGGAUAAAAAUAACAAGACAUUAGAAGUUAUCGAUUUAAUAGAUUCGGAAAGCGCAGCUUCAUUCUCAACAGAAGUUGAAGUUGCAGAGCCACCAGAUAUCCCUGAUUUUGGAGAAUUAUUUACAAAGACUCAAGCCAAAACAUUAAGAUUGUAUGGACACUCUUUACGCUUUAUUAGUGCAAAAAACAUUAUCAGAAUAAAAUUUGCCAAUUUGCAUACAAACUCCAUAUAUAUUGCUUGCUAUUUUGUGUUUCUGAUAUUAUUUAUUGCAUAUCUCGGUGUAAGAACUUUUGAUCCCAUUAAUUUUGAAUUCAUAUAUGGUUUUAGCUUUUGGGAAGAUUAUGCUUGUUUUCUUAUUUUAGUAUACUUUACAUUGCAUGACUUAUCCAAAAUAAUUGCAUUCGGUUUAUGGGAUGAUUCACAGAUGUUUGACGCAUAUGGAGUUAACUAUAAAACAAUAGCUUAUAGAUUACGCUUAAUUAAGGUUUUCAGGGUCUUAAGAGAAAAAUAUCAUAUAGAUUUGUUGGAAAAAAUAAGUUUCAUUAAAAAUUAUUUAGAUGAUGAGGAAACCAGAUAUGCGCGGCGUACUCUAAAAGCUUCAGUAACUGAUAUAAAAUCUAAGAAAUACAAAAAAGAUUUUGAUUGCCCCAGGGCAUUUUUACGUUCGUCUUGGAAUAGAAUUGAUCUAAUUUCGACAAUUUGUUUCUGGUUAGGAUUAUUUGUAUCUUUUGGAGAGUACUAUAAGGUAAGGAUUUUUGCACCAUUCGCUGUCUUACGUAUUGUAAGAAUAGUUGAUGCUGAUAAUGGUAUUACCUCAAUUUUAAGGGGUUUAAAAUAUGGCUUCCCACAACUACUAAGUACAGGUUCUGUUUUACUUUAUUUUUGGGUAUUCUUUUCAAUUUUGGGCGUUCAAGUUUUCCAAGGUUCUCUAAGAAGGCAAUGUGUUUGGAUUAAUCCUUCUGACCCUCAUGAUACUUUUCAAUAUAGUAUGCAAUUUUGUGGAGGUUACUUAGAUCCAAUAACUAAAAAAAAAAGGAAUUAUGUUUAUAAGGACGGUACUGAAGGUCCAUUGGCGAAGGGAUUCAUUUGUCCUGUUAAUUCGAAAUGUAUCUCGAACGCAAACCCAUAUAAUGGUAGAGUAAGCUUUGAUAAUAUCAUCAAUGCAAUGGAACUAGUCUUCGUGGUAAUGAGUGCAAAUACAUUUACUGAUAUUAUGUAUUAUACUAUGGACUCAGAUGAACUAUCUGCAUGUUUAUUUUUUAUAUGUGCUAUUUUUGUGAUGACAAUUUGGUUGUUAAAUUUAGUAGUUGCUGUUUUAGUUUCUUCAUUUGAUUUAGCAAAUGAAAAAUUUAAAAAAGAAAAGAUUGGUUCUUCAAAAAAAGAUAAUAGAAUAUUCGAUCUAGUCAAUGGUUAUUGGAAAUAUUUUCUGGUAAAAGCAAAGCAAUCUACAUUACCUAAUUGGUCGCAAUCACUAUUGAGGUUGUAUGCAAACUUAGAAUGGUUUUUUGUAGGAAGUAUUAUGGUUGAUUUAAUUGCCCGCUCAUCCAUAAAAGCAUCUUCUCCAGAAGUUUUUAUGUCGAAAUUUUUUAAAAUUGACUUGGCAAUCUCCAUUGUUUUAUUUAUUGAAACUAUAUUUCGUGUAAUAUGUUACAUCCCAAAUUUGUGGAAAUUCCUAAUUGUUCCCUCAUUCUUAUUCGAUCUGGUACUCUCAGUUGUAACUCUUAUUAUUAGCAUAUUGGCAACUACUGGAAUGAGGGACCAGACUUAUUAUUGGCUCUCUGUAUUUCAUAUCAGCAGAUUUUAUCGAGUUAUUAAAUCUUUCCAAAUCACAAAAAAUAUCUGGUUAGAUGUUUUAAAAAACUGGGUGAUGAUUUGGAAUUUGAGUGUAUUUUAUUUUUUAUUUACAUUUCUAGUUUCCCUUAUUCUGAGUGUUUAUUUUGAAGGUGUUAUUCCAGAAUCUGCAGAUCAACAACUAAGCAUGAGUUCUUUACCAAAUACUUAUCUAUCUCUUUUUACUAUUGCUUCUACGGAAAACUGGACUACUAUUUUAUACAAUUUGCAAACAUAUGCACCAAAUAUAUCGUCAGCUGUGUUUUCCUCUGUCUUCUUGAUUUUAUGGUUUAUUCUAGCAUAUUUUGUUAUUAUUAAUAUUUUUGUUGCGUUAAUUUCAGAGUCAAUGAGUGUUGAUGAAAGUGAAAAACGUCCUUUACAGAUCCAGCAUUAUCUGAAGUAUAUUUAUCCCAAAAAAAUCAAAGAAUAUAGACAUGCGUCUUUGGUGAAGCGAAUAAUGAAAUUAAUCUUUAGAGAUGAUUCAGAGGACGAUCCCCAAGAUUUUAAACAAUUUUUGAUGAGAGGUACAGCAAUUAUGAGUAUUUCUCAAACGAUGGGCGAUGCAAUGAAAGAUAUGCCAAGAAAUCUGGCCGUAAAAUCUCCAUUGAUCGGUGUAAUAAAUGAAUUGUCUGGCAUAUUUCCAUUCUUAAAAAACAGUUGGUUAAAGAGCCAUAAUGACAAUCCAUUCUUUAAUAAGCCUACUGUUUUAUUUACAGAAAUAACAGAGAACAAUGAAAAAUCUUAUAUGUUACAACUGAAUGAUUAUGAAGACGAAAAGCUGGAGUAUCUUAAAAGUCAUCCUUUUUAUAACUAUUCUUACUUAAUUAUUCCUCCAAAUCACAAAGUAAGAAAAUUUUGCCAAAGAUUUGUUGCACCAAGUGUUGGAAGACGCACAGAUGGCUAUCAAUUUUUUGAUGAUGAAACUGAUAUGUAUACAGGCAGAAAGUACUUCAAGCAUAUUGAGAGGGAUUUUUUUAUUAUGUUUUAUGCUGUAUUAACGGUUCUUUUGAUUAUUUUAUCCUGUUACGUCACCCCGUUAUAUAGACUAACGCAUCAGUAUGAUGUCUGGGAUUGGAGUACAGCAUGUGAUUUAUCUAUGGUUGUGCUAUUCACAAUUGAAUUUUUAAUCAAAACAAUUGCUGAUGGGUUCGUAUUCACUCCUAAUGCUUAUCUUCGUAAUCCUUGGAAUUUUAUUGACUUUAUGGUAUUAGUAUCGAUGUGGAUAACGUUCGUAUCAUUUAUUGCGGGUGAAGGUGAUUUAGCAAGAAUAUUUAAAGGGUUAACUGCUAUGAGAGCUUUGAGAUGUUUAACUAUUAGCGAUACUGCACGAAGUACUUUUUCAAUGGUUGUUUUUGAUGGACUUAGUGUAAUUCUCAAGGCUGCAUUUGUCGCUGCAACUUUCUUGUAUCCAUUUACUGUUUGGGGUUUGACGCUGUUUAAAGGACGUUUAGGAAAGUGUAAUGAUAGCAAUAUGGAUAAGAUGAAUUGUUAUGGUGAAUUUACUAAUACGGUAUUUCAAUGGGACAUUAUGAUGCCACGAACUUACAGCCAGCCAUACUUAUAUUUGGACGAGUUUUCAAGUGCAAUGAAAACUAUGUAUGAAAUUGUUUCUUUAGAAGGCUGGGUAGACUUAUUAGAGAACUUGAUUAAUUCCACAGGCGUUGGUACUAUCCCAAAAGAUGGUGCUUCCAACCAAAAUGCUACAUUCCUAAUUUUCUUCAAUUUUUUAAGUAUGAUCUUUAUCUUAAAUCUUUUUGUAUCAUUCAUCAUCGAUAAUCAUGCUAGAACUACUGGUAGUGCUUAUUACACUGUUGAAGAAAAAUCUUGGUUAGAAUCCAAAAAAUUAUUAUCUCAAGCUAAACCAAAAGCCACCCCAAAUCUGUUUAAAAUGUCAAAAUUUAGGUUGUUUUUCUAUCGAUUAGCUAUCGAAAAAAACAAUUUAAUUUAUAGUAUUUGUUUUGAAAUUAUCCUUUAUUUGCAUAUAUUAAUGUUAAUUAUUCAGCAUUAUGAAAGAGAUUCAAUAAAAACUACUUCCGAAGGAUAUUUUACCUUCUCAACAAUAAUAUUUUUCUUACAUGAAAUUUUUUGUAUAAUCGGUGAAGGUAUCAAAAUCAGAUUUAAAAGUAGAUGGAAUAUAACAAGAGUUAUUAUUGUUUUAGUUUCCUUUGCUUUGCUAGUUGGUAUACCUAGUGUUUCGAAAUACAACUAUUGGUAUAAGAAUAUCGCUAAUACUUUCCAUCUAUUAAUAUUUUUAUUUGUUAUCCCAGAAAAUGAUACUCUAUAUGAGUUAUUAGAAACAGCAAUGGCUAGUAUUCCUUCAAUUGUAUCUUUGUCAUAUACAUGGGCUAUUUUAUUUUUAAUUUAUUCAAUUGCCACAAAUCAGGUUUUUGGUUUGACAAAAAUUGGCCCAAACACUUCACAUAACAUUAAUUUCAGGACUAUAUUUAAAUCGAUGCUUGCUCUAUUCAAAUUCAGCUUUGGUGAAGGAUGGAAUUAUAUUAUGGAUGAUUUAACACUCGAAGAACCAUAUUGUUCCUUUGUUGAUGGUAUGAAUGAAACAGAUUGCGGUUCUAAAAUUUAUGCUUAUCUAUUUUUAAUGUCGUGGAAUAUUGUAUCGAUGUAUAUAUUUGUGAAUAUGUUCGUCUCUCUGAUUGUUUCAAAUUUCAGUUAUGUCUACAGAAGAAGCAAUUCAGAAACUUACAUUACUAGGAGCGAAAUUCAAAAGUUUGUCGAUACAUGGUCUAAGUUUGAUUCAGAUGGAUCUGGUGAUUUAGAAUUUUCCAAAUUACCAACACUAAUGCAUUCUGAUGAUGGAUUGUUGUUUUUUAAAGUUUGGGAGGGUAGUUUAUCUAUAAAAAAUUUGGUGGAAAAAUAUAUUGAAGUAAAUCCGGAUGAUCCAUAUGAUGUGACAGUUAAACUUCAUGCAUUAAACAAUGAAUUAAAUAGCAUAGAAGUUGAGAAAUUAAAACGUAAAAUAUUUCAAUAUAAAAGAUUCAUAAGAGAAGUUCAUUAUUCUAAUGCUUAUAGAGGUGGUAUGAAAUUCUCAAGAGUGCUACAAUUGAUUCCAUUGUAUACUAUUUAUAACCCAAGAGAAUGUCUAAAUAUUGAUGAGUAUGUUCGUCAUUUGUAUUUGAGAAAUAAAGUAGAGAGAUAUCUAGCAAAUGAAAAAACAACAGAUGUUUUGAAAAUGGUUGUUGUUAGGUGGAAGUUUCUACAAAGGAGAAAGCAUAAAAUUAGAAAUAUAUCCCAAUCUUCAUUUCCCGAUCCUAUUUCGGAAUCGACUUCAAAUAAAGCGACUCAGUUUACAAAUGAAACUGGUCCCCAACAUAAUGCGGCUGUAUCUCAAGAAUUUGACUAUACUAAACCAGAGAUUCCUAAUAUUGUUACUACCAGGAACUCCACUCCGGAUGAAGCAUAUGGUGUGAAUUAUUUUUUUUGGUCACCAGAUCGUCGUUAA